CGCCGCUGACGUCACACAAAGGGCUGUUUUUCAGUCUGUCAAAAAACCGCGAUUCAUGUCAAAGUCGCUUUGAUUUCAACUAGUGUUACAUUGUGUCUUUGUGUUUUGGUGUAAAUAAUGAGAUUACGUCCGGGGAAUGUUUCAACUCCGAUGAAGCACGAGGCUCGAAGUCACUUAUGAGGUUUACUUUCACGAAACAGUUACGGAGAAGCAAGAAGAGGCUUUCUGGAUCUCGAGGGUUUGAAUACCAUAUGGCACAGGAGAGCUUGUUAGCACAAGAGAUCCAUAAUUGCUCCACCCUUCCCAUGAACCUUUUGCUCGUCCACACCCUUGAAUAAUAAAACAUCCUGGAUGAAACAUGACAGCUCUUUGUGUAAUUCUUGACUGAUUCUGAUUGUGAACCAAUGGUGCUUUGGUGGAUCUGAAGGUCUUGAUGGAGCAUCUGACAGGACUCCACUGGAAUGCCGCCCUGCGCUCUUGUUUUCCCAUCCUCACCUGGCUGCCCAGGUAUAACCUGACGUGGCUGAAGAUGGACGUGAUCGCCGGUCUGACAGUAGGUUUGACCGUGGUUCCUCAGGCGCUGGCCUACGCGGAGGUGGCUGGUUUACCUGUGCAGUACGGUCUGUAUUCUGCGUUUAUGGGUUGUUUCGUCUACUGUAUAUUUGGCACGUCUAAAGACAUCACACUGGGCCCGACGGCCAUCAUGUCUCUGCUGUGUUCACCGUACAUCGGUGGAGAUCCUGUGUUUGCCGUGGUGCUCACCUUGUUGUGCGGCGUCAUCCAGACGGGAAUGGCUCUACUGAGGCUGGGGUUCCUCUUGGAUUUCAUCUCAUAUCCAGUAAUUAAAGGCUUCACGUGUGCUGCGGCCGUCACUAUCAGCUUCGGCCAGGUCAAGAAUAUUCUGGGUCUGAAGGAGAUCCCACAGCAGUUCUUCCUGCAGGUGUACUACACCUUCCACAAGAUCCCUGAGGCCAGAGUAGGAGAUGUGAUUCUGGGUCUGUGCUGUUUGUUCUUCCUGAUCACGAUGACACUGAUGAAGAAUUCUCUGGAUUCUGCUGAAGAAGAGGCUCCUCUCCUCAUCCGAUCAGCGCAAAGGCUGGUGUGGAGCUUUGCUACUAUCCGGAAUGCUCUGGUCGUCAUAGCGGCGACGGCUGUUGCGUAUUCCUCAGAGGUCACAGGACACCAUUUCUUCAGUCUCACCGGGAAAACCGCCAAAGGACUCCCUCCUUUCAAAGCUCCACCUCUUUCAGAGACGGUAGCCAAUGGCACGGUGAUUACUUUCAGUGACAUCGCAAAGGAUUUAGGUGGUGGUCUGGCUGUCAUUCCUUUAAUGGGCGUUUUAGAGAGCAUCGCUAUUGCAAAGGCAUUCGGCAGCAAGAAUAACUACCGAAUUGAUGCCAACCAAGAGCUUUUUGCCAUCGGUCUCACAAACAUCAUGGGCUCAUUUGUGUCGGCUUAUCCUGUCACAGGCAGCUUCGGAAGAACGGCUGUUAACUCUCAGACCGGAGUGAGUACGCCUGCUGGAGGGAUCGUCACAGGUAUUAUAGUGCUGCUGUCGCUGGCGUUCCUCAUGCCACUGUUCUUCUUCAUCCCUAAAGCGUCACUCGCUGCCGUCAUCAUCUGUGCCGUGAGUCCCAUGAUGGACUUCAGAGUGCCUGUUCAGCUCUGGAGAGUCAAGAGACUUGAUCUGCUUCCGUUCUUGGUGACGUUUCUGGUGAGUUUCUGGGAGGUGCAGUACGGCAUUGUGGGAGGUGUGGUUGUUUCUGCUCUCAUGCUGUUGCACAUCAUGGCCAGACCUAAAGUGAAGGUGUCUGAUCACGGUGUGGCGGUUCUAGAGUUGGACAGUGGGCUGAACUUCCCCGUGACGGAGCAUCUCAGCAGACUCGUGUACACACACGCUCUUCAUGCGUCUCCUCCGCGGUGUCUGGUUCUCGACUGCUCUCACGUCAGCUCUAUAGACUUCACUGUAGUCUAUGAACUCACUGAACUGCUCAAACAGUUCCAGCUGACGGGACUGUCACUGAUCUUCACUGGACUAAAGCCGUCAGUAUUAAAGGUGUUGUUGACGGCUGACCUUCCAGCUUUCAGACACACAGACAGUGUCGACGAGGCACUGCAGCUUCUGACCGGUAUCAUUCACUACGACCAACCAUUAUAACACCCAAUCACAGACCAGAACUGAUUAUGUGGCUUUGAGCCAAUCAACAACUGAUAUCUCAAACCUCUGAUGAUUAGUCACAUGAAAUACUCUGCACACACCUUUGACCAAUCAGUACUCAGGAAGAAAGACUUUGAUGAAAACUGUUGGGGAACAAAGUUACAUAAUGUUUGUGUUCAUGAUGACCAAAUGAUGUUUUUGCACUCAAAAUAGUGGUUCAAAUUCAUGUUCAUUUUGAGCAACUAUUUUUAUGUAGUUGUUUUGUUUUAAACAUUGAAUCACACGUAUAAUACUAUGUAAUUUUAUGAACGUGCACUUAUUCUCAACACUAGAAAUAAUCAAAUCUUCAGUACUUUGGGAUAAAAAUAGGCUAAAAAAAAUAUGACAUUAUUUAUGAUAUACUUGAUAUAUAAGUCUCUUUCUCUGCAGACUGCUUAUAGGCAUUAAUACGAAUGUUUACUAUGGGCUGUAGGUUUACAUUUCAACUGAAUCUCCAUUAAGACAGACUUUUGGACUCUUUUCUACUGACCCAGAUGAAACUGACAUUAACACUGCAGAAACACUCACAUCUCUUCUGAUAUUAAACUGAUAUGAUCUACUAUG